AUGGAGUUCCCUCGGCCUAAUCUGGAGCCUCUUGCUGCCUCUGAAGUGGGAGCGCCCGGUGUUCCUGCUGUUGCGGAAUCGGACCAGAUAGCCCCAGAGGUUCAGGCGCAACAGGCACAGGAGCAAACACACGGACAGGGACAGGAGAUUCCACCCGAGCAGCAGCCUCUCGAACGACCUGUAGGCCAACCUCUGGAGCAGCCUGCAUCUGUCAUGGUCAAUGUCGAAGAGCCGGCUUCCGACCACACAAUCAGCCGUGCUGCUAUCAACAAUGGCUAUAACAGCGACUCGAAGGCGCAUUACCACUCCCGAUCGACCGAUUUCCAUCAAUCUGCUCCCGAAUAUGCUGCCCAAGAUACCGAUCAGUCACGCCAAAACUCCUCUCCAUUGCUCAGCCACCACCCCCUACCCGUUCCCAACUCCAGACCCGGAUCUGGACUCUCCAGUGGCCCAGAACGUGCCUCUGGUGUUUCCCAGUUGCAGCAACCAGACUCCAGCCAGCGCCAAGCUGCCCAGGCUAACAAGAACAGUGUGGUGAUUAAAGUUGGUAUGGUAGGCGAUGCACAGAUCGGAAAGACCAGUCUGAUGGUCAAAUACGUUGAGGGCAGCUGGGAUGAGGAUUACAUCCAGACAUUGGGUGUCAACUUUAUGGAAAAGACAAUCUCGAUCCGCAACACUGAAAUCACCUUCUCUAUUUGGGAUCUUGGUGGCCAGCGCGAGUUUGUUAAUAUGCUACCGCUUGUCUGCAAUGACGCCGUUGCAAUUCUUUUCAUGUUUGAUCUCACUCGCAAGAGUACAUUGAACUCAAUUAAGGAGUGGUACCGCCAGGGACGUGGCUUCAAUAAAACAGCCAUUCCCUUCCUGGUGGGCACCAAAUAUGAUCACUUUGUGAACUUCCCCCGAGAAGAUCAGGAAGAGAUCUCCAUUCAGGCCAAGCGAUUCGCUAAGGCCAUGAAGGCGAGUCUGAUAUUUAGCAGCACCAGUCACAGCAUCAAUGUGCAAAAGAUUUUCAAAAUCGUUCUAGCCAAGGCAUUCGAUCUAAAGUGUACCAUCCCCGAGAUCGAGAAUGUUGGCGAGCCCCUGCUCCUCUACAAGAAUGUCUAA